AUGGCUGGUGCUGGUGUAGGUCCAGGCGCUGCGACCGCCACCACUCAACGUCAUCCCAGCCAAAGUGCUGGGUCGUCAGUUUCCGCUGUCGGAAGCAAUUCCGCACACCCUUCACCUCUCUCCUUUGGCCCAAACCACAACGCCCAGCCUGCAAGAAACCUCAAUCCCUCAGUCUCGACCCCUGGCGCAGGCCCAGCGCCCAGCGCUGCUGCUCAUGGUGGUGGCGCCGCCGCCGCUGCUGGGGCAAAGCGGAAGCUGAGCGACACCACUCCCGACGACGCAUCGCAGAGACAGCAGAGGAGCAAGAGGAACAGGUAUAUCUCUAUAGCUUGCAACGAGUGCAAGCGUCGCAAGAUCAAAUGCAAUGGCGAGACCCCGUGCCAGCGCUGCGGCAACCUCAACCUGAACUGCCAGUAUGCCCCAAACUGCUGCUCCAACAACUUCAAGGACUCGGACGAGUUCAGGGAAAUGAGAGACAAUGUCACCCGCCUCCAGGAGCAGGUCAACACGCUGUUUCAGAACAUGAACGCCCUCAAGCAGGAGACACUGCACCUCGCCCCCAUCCAAGACCGCGCCCUGCCCUUGCCGUCCAGCGCCGGCGUCACUCCCUCUCCGUCCACAGCCACCAUGUCCUCGGUGCACAGGCAGGACGUGGCUCCGUCCCGAGCGCCGCUCCUCUUCCGCGGUCCAACGAGCGCCUCCUUCACCGUUGAUGUCGCCAAGAAUACGCUGCACAACAUGCGCAAAGAGUAUGGCUGGAGUGGGCCAGAAGCGGUGCAGGACAAUGGCGACGUAAUCGAUGACUCCUGCGCCCCAUCCCCUUAUCCGCCCUGGCUGUCGGCGGCUGACAUGCCCAGGGCUCGGCCGCAAGAUCCCCUGUGGGGCUUUGAUAGGGCUGAGAUGAUACGGCUGUGCAGGGUUCACGAGGAGGAGGUCGGCAUCAUGUACCCCGUGGUCAACAUCAACAACGUCGUGAAGCAUGCCAACUUCCUCGCAAAUUGGAUGGAGUCUAGCAGCAAGCAUGGACUCGUACCACAGGGAAUCGGGCAAGACGAAGGCAUCACCGACAUUAAAACCCUGGAACUCAAAAUUAUCAUGUGCUGUGCUUUGGUCGUCGAAGGUAACGGCUAUAGCGAGAAAGGCCUUCGGCUGUGGGAAAGCAUACAAGCUAGGGUGGAUAGGAUGCUUAUGAGCGACAAGAGUGAAAUCAGAAACCUCCCCUUCUUAGCUCUUGUUGGUGGCUACAGAUUCUUAUCCCACGACGAAGCCUUGGCCUGGAGGGUCAUGGGACAAGUCGCUCGCUUGUGCUUUGAGCUGGGCAUUCACCGAAGGGACGUCAUCGAGGCGAUGGAGGAUGAGCAAGAGCGCAAGAAUGCCAUCAACACAUUCUGGUCAGCAUACGUGCUAGAUCGUCGGUGGAGUUUCGGCACAGGAUUCCCCUUCGUUGUCCAUGACGACAAGAUUGACCCAAGACUCCCCUACCCUGAUGAGUUUCCUUAUCUCAAAUCCAUGAUCACCUUCUCCAAACUGGGCGCCAAAGUCUGGAAGCUCGUCGACUACUUCAACCCUAUCCUCCUUACCGAGAUGCGGCCACGUGAUUUCGAGGAGUUGGACCAGGAGAUACUGGCUUGGUACGAUGCCGUCCCGGAGGAAAUCAAAAUCGACGGCUUCAAGACUCAGAUCCCCAUACCGGGAACCUCCACCUACGAUAUCGACCGUCUUCAGAUCUGGACGCGAUUGAGGCUGAACCAGAUCCGCAUCUGGCUGUACACCCCUGUCCUCCACUCCUCCGAAAGCAUUCAAAAGAACCCCGAACAUGCCCAACGCGUCGUCGAUCUCGCGAAGGAGACAAUCCAGUAUCUCAGCCUUCUCAACACGCAUACGGACGUAUACCGUCGUAUCCAGGUCUUCUACAACCAUUUCCUGACCUCGGCGAUCGCGUGUCUUUUCCUUGCAUCUACCCACGCCCCUUGGCUAUUCAGCGCUCAAUGCCGCGAGGAGUUCAACAUGUCCAUGAUGCUGAUCGAGGAUAUGUCGGCCAAGAGCCAUGUCAGCCAGCGGCUGUGGAGUACAAUCAAGGAACUAAAGGCAUACGUGCCUGGAUUGGGCCGACAGGAUGAUGACCCGCGACUGCGGGAGCAUGCGGCGCUGACGAUGGCAGGUAUGGCGCGGAUGUCACGUGGGGGUCAGCCUCCGCCUGACCCGCUCUUGAUCUCUAACCGUCAUGGCUCUAUUAGCAGCGCCAGUGCUGGGUACCAGCCGACGCCGAGCCCCGGGCUGACCCCCGGGCUUGGCGGGCGGCAGAACUUACCCCCGAGCCGGAUGGGCAGCCUCACGCCGCAUGCCGGAAGACGUUCACCGCACGAUGGAGGUGCUAGUGGCGUGCAGGGCCAGGACUCCGCGGGACUGGACGGUGAGACCCUUAAGAAUGGCAUACUCCUGCGAAUGGAGAUGUCCAAGAUGUUCGAGGCUCUAUCCAACGGCGUGGGCUUAGGCGCUCAGCCGCAUAGCGACGGCGAUGACUCCUUCACCGGCAGCCCCAAUGAGUAUUCUGCCGGCGGGCAUUGGAUGCCCUAUUCCGACGACGGUGUCUAUCCGCGCAUGAAGAUGAUGUUUUAG